AUGGGAAGGAAGAGAACGAUUCCAUUGCACGAGCGCGACAAGAAGUCCAUCAGUGUCACCUACUCGAAGCGGCGCAAGACUCUUUUUACUAAGGCAGCAGAGACGUCCUUACAAUAUCAAAUCCCAAUCGCAGUACUGGUUUCUUCGGCAGGACAGAGACAGCGCCUCAAGUUCUGCGGGUUCGGGAAUCCUUCCGUCGACGAUGUGCUGAAUUCUUAUCUUGGCAGUGGCAGCAAAGGCGCCAUGAAAAUCGAUGAUCGCGCGAAGGCUUUGUGGGAGGAGGUGAAUGGAUUGGAAGUUGAAGUGAAGAAUAUGAGAGAGAGAGAAAAGAAGGGGGAAGGAAGUGAUCAUGGUGGAGAUGAUCAAUGGUGGUUGAGAGAUAUUGAAAUUAUGGGUUUGGAUGAGUUGUGUGAAUUCGCUAAUCGAUUAGAGAAACUCAAGGAGGAUGUAAGGGUUAGGCUAGAGAGUGAUUCUAAUACUGGUGAUUUUUCUGGUAUGGUCGAUGAUGGUGAGGCCAAGAAUGAGAAUGUGGAGGAGGUUAUUAUGGAUUGGUACUGGAAGCCAUUGCUCGCAUAA